GAGAACAGGGCUGCCCAGGUGAGCUGGACCAAUGGGGUGUCGCUCUGGCAGGUUGCAACAAAAUGCAGAAAAACCUGUACAGACAGAGAGAUUGAGCCGAAAGAGGCACGCAGAUCACUCAGGGAGAGGCUAUUCAACCAGAUCAGUCUGUUGCGUCUUAUUUAAACUGAAACUUGUCUUUCUAAAGUUCACCUCUCUGGCAGACCUCUUGCUGUACUACUUGAGGUCGGUACAAUGGGAACACAUUUGGAGCAGAAGGACCAACUCAAGCUCAAUGGAAGUUGCUGAAAGGAGAAGCACAAAAUAACAUCUUGCUGUUGUGCAACCGAAUCAGUACUAUUACAAGACUUGAUCCCUUCAGGAAGUGCCUGCUCACUGACUUCCUGUAACCCGUCUGCACUGUAAUAUCACGGCUGACCCUCAAGAGCUUCCAAGACUCAAAGGGGCAGCCUAACAUCCUUGACAUGGAGCUCAGAGAGGAAUGGCAAGACGAUGAAUUUCCAAGGCCCCUUCCAGAGAGUUCCUUCCAGAGCCCAGAUGAAGUGGAAAGUCCGACAUCAGAUGGCGACAGACCUGGCCCUCCCAGCAGCUUGGCACUGUCAGGAAACCGGAGCAGGAGAAAACGUCUCGCGGCGCCUGCCCUCAGCCUGACGCUGGAGCGCAGCGACUCGGCAGUUUCGGACGAGUUCACGGCUGCUGCACUGUCCCCAUCGCCUGAUGAGGAUGAUCUAGACAUCAACCUGGAGGAGCUGGAGACACCUUCUGACAGCGAGUCGUUCAACCUCAAUGACAGCAUGCAAGAUUUGGAGUGGGAGGAUGACCUCCCACGGAUGGGCCGGAGAGAAGCCAGAGCGGCCAACAGGGGGUCGGCGGAGCAGGCAGAGAUGGGUCAAUUGGAGCUAGACCAGGUGGACAGCCAGGGCCGACGCUGGCGCAAACUCCAUAUCGCUGGACAAGAGAGUCUCGUUAACAUGAGCGUGCUGGAGCCCUACCUUCAGGUGCUGUCUCAUGGAGGUUACUAUGGAGAUGGAAUGAAUGCCAUCAUUGUGGUUAGCUCCUGUUACCUUCCUGACAGCACCAUUGAUGACUACCAAUACGUAAUGGACAAUCUAUUCAGGUAUAUUCUGGGGACGCUGGACCUGAUGGUGUCGGAGAAUUACAUCAUAGUGUAUCUGUGUGGCGCAGUGUCCCGUAGUAAGAUGCCCACUAUCAAAUGGCUCCGAGACUGUUACACGACCAUCGACAGAAGGCUGAGAAAAGACUUGAAAGGCCUAUUUGUUGUCCACCCAAACUGGUUCAUCAAGGGCCUGAUCACCAUUGUUAGGCCAUUCCUCAGUGUGAAGUUCAGCCGAAAGGUGCGAUUCGUCAGAAGCCUACAGGAACUCAGCACAUACAUUCCCAUGGAGCACGUGCAGAUCCCAGACUGUAUCCAAAAGUUUGAUGAGAAGAUGAACAGGUGAAAGAUCCGUACCUUAUAAUAACCCUGUAAUAUGUACUGUAUAUAUAGAUGGGCUAAUCAGGUGGAAGGACUAUUGAACAAGCAGGCAAGUGGACAACAUAGAUGGGGACACAGAUCACCCCAUAUUCCAGUGCCAAAGCAACGAAGGCAACAUCGUCGUGGCAGGCUGAUCUUGGGUUCUGUGACAGGGUAUUGGGGAAAGCUGUUACAGCUCACUGCUUAACGUCAGGACUUGUGGGUGCUUCCUGCCAUCCAACAUGACAUUUAUCUGCCCAGUUUAUUGGCAGUGAUUCAUGGGCAUCAGCCCCCAUGCCAGCAUGGCUUUACGGGCUAGGGGCUAAUUCGCAGCAACUGCAAACGGGAACACAAAGAACAUUACAUAAAAGCUGCCCCGUGGACAAGCAAUGACAAUGCGGCCCUUUCCAGUGUGUCACAGCCAUCUGAUUGAUGGUUCAGGAUGAGAUCAUUCGUCAACUUAUGCAACAGCCCUUUCAAAAAAGAAAAAAAAAAGUGCAACUGGUCCCACUGUACAGUUUGGAUGGAAGUGUAGAUGCAUCCUGUUGUUACUCUGCCUGUCUAAAAUCUGGUUAUCUAAGCAAUGAAAACGGUGUUGGGACAGUAAGUUCGUUGGUUACAAUGCAAGCUCCCUGUCCGUAUUUAAACACUAACUGGCAUUUGCCACCAUUUCUUUAUCUUUUAAUGGGCACUCGUUUUUUUCUUGUACUGAUUUCUGCAGUGCAAACAAACAUUGUAAAGUUGUUUAUAUUCGUUUAUAGCAGGGGUCUCCGGUCCUGGAGGGCUAACGUCCGGUAGGUUUUCUAUCCUACCCGGCUUCUGAUGAGUCACACCUGUUCCUGGUAUUUACCUGAGAACAGGUGUGGCUCAUCAGAAGCCGGGUAGGAUAGAAAACCUACCGGACGGUAGCCCUCCAGGACCGGAGUUGGAGACCCCUGGUUUAUAGUAAGACUUUUGGAGCCUGGGGCUGUUUUUAAAGAAUGCAAUAUUACCCAAAGACUAUGCUAUAAUCUACAGCACCCAGUACAGCCCCAUGGUCACUCCAGUGACAGUGUAUAGCAGGUCAUACUGGCAUGGUCAGAUUCCAAACCUCAUGGUCAGACAGCAUAGAUCAUUUUCUCUGUGUAGUACUUUCAUGAAUGAAUGAGCUAACAUUACUGCAACGCGUUUAGAUGCCAUGUUACAAAGAGUGCACUGAAUGGUAGCAUUUGAACAAUAUUUGUAAAAAUAAAAACCAACUGUUCCCAUGUA